AUGUUUGUACCCAAGGCUGGGAGUCUAGGAGAGCUGCGGAUGGGCGUAAAGGUAUUCUCGAAACUCGAUUUUUGGUCUGGAUUUCACCAGCAUCGGAUGGCAUCUCAGGAUAUCGAGAAGACGGCCUUCGUUGGCCCUGAUUCACUCUACGAAUAG